CGCUUCCUGGGCAAGAUGGCGGCGCCCAGGCGUCUGUGAGCGCCGCGCCGAGGAGCCCUGCACCCCGGCGGCCUCGCGUUUCCCGGGAGCGCGGGGGCCACCAGACUGUUUGCCACAGCAGCUGCACUGCUGUCCAUCCCCAGCAGCUGUGCCCCAGGGCUCUGAUUUCUCCAGGUCAGAGAACCCGUGAAGGAAGCUGCAGCCAUGGUCUGCUGGGCUCUCAGGAGAGUCGGCCAGGUGCGUGCCCGCUUGGCCCGGAGAGACAGCGGAGUCUGCCGGGGCCACGAGCAUCAGCCCUUGGGCCCGAGGCCCGCCCCGGGAGCACCGCGCAGCACGGUGGAGCUGCUGGGCAAGUCCUACCCCCAGGACGACUACAGCAACCUGACCCGCAAGGUCCUGUCCAAGGUCGGCCGGAACCUGCACAACCAGCCGCAGCACCCGCUCUGGCUGCUCAAGGAGCGGGUGAAGCAGCACUUCUACGCGCGGUACACGGGCCGCGCUGGGACCCCGCUCUUCUCCGUGUACGACGACCUCUCCCCAGUGGUCACCACAUGGCAGAACUUCGACAGCCUGCUCAUCCCGGCCGACCACCCCAGCCGGAAGAAGGGCGACAACUACUACCUGAACGCCACGCACAUGCUGCGCGCGCACACGUCGGCGCACCAGUGGGACCUGCUGCGCGCGGGGCUGGACGCCUUCCUGGUGGUGGGCGACGUGUACCGGCGCGACCAGAUCGACGCGCAGCACUACCCCGUGUUCCACCAGCUGGAGGCCGUGCGCCUCUUCUCCCGCCACCAGUUAUUUGCUGGCAUAAAAGAUGGAGAAAACCUGCAGCUUUUUGAACAGAGUUCCCGCUCUGCCCAUAAGCAAGAGACACACACGCUGGAGGCCACGAAGCUGGUCGAGUUUGACCUUAAGCAAACACUUACCCGGCUUAUGACACAUAUCUUUGGAGACGGACUGGACAUCAGAUGGGUGGACUGCUACUUCCCCUUCACUCAUCCCUCCUUCGAGAUGGAGAUCAACUUCCACGGGGAAUGGCUGGAGGUCCUGGGCUGCGGAGUGAUGGAGCAGCAGCUGGUAAACUCAGCCGGAGCUCAGGACCGGAUCGGCUGGGCCUUCGGGCUGGGGCUGGAGCGGGUGGCCAUGAUCCUCUACGACAUCCCCGACAUCCGCCUCUUCUGGAGCGAGGAUGAGCGCUUCCUAAAGCAGUUCCGAGUGCAGGACAUCAACCAGAAGGUGACAUUCCAGCCUCUCAGCAAAUACCCUGCUGUGAUCAACGACAUCUCCUUCUGGCUACCUCGCGAGAAUUACACGGAGAAUGAUUUCUAUGACUUAGUCCGAACAAUUGGAGGAGACCUGGUGGAAAAAGUUGAUCUUAUAGACAAGUUUGAACAUCCAAAACACCUGGACCCCCUUAGCAGUCACGCGGUCGCCCAGCUGCGCCCCCAGCCCGGGGCUUCAGGAAUCUGCCUUCUGUCCGUGUGGACUUGCUGUUCUGGACGUUUCGUUAGAUGGAGUCUUAUAAGGACACACAGGACCAGCCACUGCUACCGCAUCACCUACCGCCACAUGGAGCGCACGCUGUCGCAGAAAGAGGUCGGGGGCAUCCACCACGCCGUGCAGGAGGCAGCCGUGCAGCAGCUGGGUGUCGAAGGCAGGUUUUGAGGCCCCACUUCCCCGGGCGCAGUGCUCCUGGGGCUCCAGGGUUGCUAAGUGAAGGAGAGAAGGAUCCCAUCUGUGGACUGAGGCAUCCGUCAUCCUGCGGUAAAUGGGUCGGUUCCAGGACUCUCAGAAAAUAAAGCAUUGCUCUCGAGAA